CUGGGCUGUGCCUGAACUGCUGGAGCUUGCAGGAGCUGGUGAGCCGAGACGCCGGCAACUACCUCAUCCUCGUGGAGAAGAUCCUCGGCAAGGCCAAAGAGGUGCAGGAGAAGUGCGACUACGAUCUCGUAACACCCCUGGCUCUGCUCUUCUACUAUGCGGUCCUGUAUGCUCCCCACUUCCCGCCGGGCUCUGACCUGCUCCUGAAAGCCGCCAGCAUUUACCACAGCUUCCUGACCUGGCCCGUGCCCUACUGCGACAUCUUCCGUGAGCUGCUCACCUUCAUCAGCAACGAGCUGAAGGCUCCCGGAAUCUCCUUCCAGAGGCUGGGGGGGGCGGGGCAGGGGCUGCCCGUGAAGAACUACCAGAGCUCCACGGUGACCGUGCUGCUGCUCAACCGCUCCGAGGUGCAGAGCGAGUUCCUCUCCAUCGCGGAGAAGCUGAGCGCGGGCGAGCACCCGCAGCACGCCACGCUCGUCGUGCUCCUCGAGCAGCUCUACCAGGCCAACUUUGGCACCCUCUGCGACCUGGACAGCCUGCACCGCCUCCUGAAGGUAGGCUCCAGAGAGCUUCGUGGAGAGACUCAGCCCCGCAAGCUCCACACCAUCCCCAUCCCCACCGCCCGCUGCUACACCUACACCUGGGAUCAGGAUAACUUCGAUAUCCUCAAUGAGGUCCUCAGCAAAGAGUGCAGCAUUGUUGAGCCCAUGGCCUCAGAGAAUGAGGAGGAUGACGAAGAGGAGGAGGAGGAGGUGGAAACCGAUGGCUGCUCCCCCGAGCGGGACUUGCUGCUUUCCCCGCUCAGUGCCAUUUCCAGAGACUCUGUGUACUCAGCGCUGUCGGAGGAGGGAUCCAAGCCCUCACGAGUGUCCCUGUUCACCACCUCCAAGGACUCCAUCUCGGAGCUGACGGUGGUCUCCAGAAAGUCCCUGAAGUCAUUUGUCUCCAGCCUGAAGGAUUGCAUGGACAGCGGGUACGCAGAAGACAGCGAUGAGAGCUCCCUGGAUGUGGUGGGGAGGCCGGAGCUGAAGGUGGAGAAGAGCCCCCACAAAUACCGGCACACGCUGACCAACAAGAUCUACAAACUGUUCAAGAGCAAAAGCCAGUUGGUCUUGAGGAGGGACCUGAAGGACUGCCCGGACAUGGGCUC